AUGCAAGCCGAGAAUGGCGCACCCGUCUCGAGUCGUCUGCAGCCUGAAUACAAGUUAUGGAGGACGUUAUGGCGUGCACGACCCGAAAAUGGCGUCCCUUUCUUCCGCCAGCACGCCGUCACACGGGACACAACUCUCACAGACCCCGACAUCCGCGUCCCAGACAAAUGCUGGCUACUCGACAUCCCCGAAUACCUACAGGGAAGCAGUCUUGGUAUCAGUUUCCCGUCGCCGAUUCUAUUCCGCGAUGACUACUUCGAAGCCCUGCUGGGGGUAUUUCGUGCCCUGAGCUGGGAGGAUGAAAAGAUAGAGUCGACGGACGUCGGUUCGUCUGACUCAGAGUGUGAAUCCGGAUUCCAGAACCCUCUUCUCCAGCGACAAAGAGCGGUCUCGCGAGACCAGUGGCGAUACUCGUGCUUUGUUCUUACUGGCGGGCCUGGAAUCGGCAAAACGCUCUGGUUGCUCGUCCUGCUCGUCCUGCGCCUGCACGCGCAGCUUCCCACCGUUUAUCAGUGUCGGGACGACUGUAUCCUCUUCUUCGACGAAGACGGACCGGCUCAGUUCCAAUCCGUGGUCGAUCUUCUUCAUUCCCCUGUCGCUCGCCGUCAUAAAGGCGAGGAAGUUUGGGCUCUGGUGGACGCCAACGACAACCUUCAAACUGUGGACAUGCAUUACCUUUUUCGACAAAUGUUCGUCAUCCAAGCUGCUCCGACCGACAUGAAAUAUACGAGGUGGAUGAGAAAGCUCACCUUCAUAGGUGUUCACUUUGUGCUUCAGCCAUGGACGCUUGGUGAGCUCAUCGUUGGACGAGCGAUACAUCCGCACGCGCCGUCGGAGGACGCCAUACGCGACUUUGCAGUCAAGUUCGGGACCGCGAACGAGGCUGUAUACAAGUACGCCAACGCCCCAAAGGAGUACCAAGCGCGGGUCCUGUGCAAGAUUUCUCCCCCACCCCCUCAGGCAACAGCAUUCGAUAAGCUAGGCGUCGACUUCCCCGAGCUCAUCGUUAUCCGACCCAUCAACGCAGAAGCACGGAGGUGGGACUACGCACCGCACUUCGUCUCAAAGUACGUCGUCCACCUCCUCUUCCCCUCCUCUGGUACGGCACGGCGGUCGGUAGAAGAAGCGAAACGGCGGUUUGUCCAGAGACUAUACGGGAAGUUCCUCGUCAAGCUCCCGCAUUCCCGGGAGUCGGCGCUUUGGAUCCGCGAGGCCAGCAUGCGGAGGAGCUUUCAAGAGGGGAGGGUGUGGCCGCUGUACCCACCAGCUGGCUGUUCGUGGACAGAGCGCCGCAACCGCAGAAACGUGCCACCUCCGAAGCGUUUGAUCGUUGAACCAGGAGGAGUUCGGGUCUAUGUCGCAGAAGGGUCCCCACCCCUUGCCUAUCCCUACUCGACUUCUCUCUCUUCCGAACACCGUCCUGAAGAGAACGCCCCUCUAGUGGAACCUUCGGAACUAUCAUCUGGCACCGAUGAUAUCCUCCUAGAGGUCGAUAUCGACUUUGUCGCGCUGUAUGACCGCCCGACAGGCACGGCUGUGGUACUUCAGCCGCUCCGACCGCUCACACCCAUGCCCGCGUUCGAGGAGGAGACAAGGGACCGGUUGCAGGAGCUGUGCUGGCGGCUUGAGCAAGAGCCCUACGCGCUGGGAACAUCCACGAAAGAGAAAGACCCGAAGAUCCUCUACGUCCUCGUGCCGACGGGUGGGGUGAUGGGGGACGACAGUGCGGCCUGGCUCGACGUAGCCGACCUUGUUGACGAGGUGUACGAUAUGGAGCCCGAGUGGGAGGAUACUAUUCUGUCUUAUGGGAUGUUCAUCUGA